GCGCCGCAUCUCUGUUGGUCUUUCUUCCCAAAACCCAUUUGGCCUUGAACAGAGCUCGCGACAUGAAGAAAUAAAAAAUAUGAGCGAUUCUCUAUUUGCCGAGGCAGAUGCUAGUGAAGUUCUUGCUGCUGCUUUGAAGCAAAUGGAUGAAAUUAUUAAUGGUUCAAAUGAAACGAAUAGUGAGAAGCUACUGGAAUGUUUAGGUGAACGCCAGAUUUCAGCUCCCCAAAUGGAUAUACAUUCUUUGACUACAAACCUCAAACUAGCCGUAGAACAAAAUGGUAUUUUUGAUGGCAACGGAAAUGAUACCAAGUGCUUAAAUCUGGAUAAAAGCACUGUUGUGUUUCUCUUACAAUGGUUGCGAAAUGAACUGACGAACCGCGAAUCUCAG